GAAAAAACUGGAAACAGCAUAUGUCUGAAAAGAUAACACGCACAUUCUAUGCAGCGUUCCACGUGUAACACGUGUAAAAGGUCGAUGGAAAAGCCUGUGGUCCUGCCGCAGCAUGCUCAUUAAAGCGACACCGAUCAGCCAUUACUUAACAUUCUUCGAGGCACUGCAGCCACGUAUUAUUAUUAUUAUUAUUUUUAAUUUCUUGAAGGAAUUUAAUGCCGUUCUUAUUCUUUAUUUUUUUUUAAAUAAAAAACAAUAGUAACAUAGAAGGUACAGCUAUUCUUUUUUAUAAGAGUUUUAGUUUUUAUAUAAAAGUUUAAUUUAUAAAAAUAAAAAUUAGAAAUUAUAUCUAAAAAAAUUAAGAUCUUGAUAAUUAUUUUUAAAAACUGUAUUUAUAAUAUUUUGUAGAAUAAAAAAUUAUUUGAGAAUAUAAAUAUUUUUAAAUAUGUAUUAAAAAUAAUUUUUAGAUUUUAUGUUUUAUUUUUAAUGUUUGUAUAAUUAUUUUUUAAAAUAGUCUUCUAAAAACUAAUUUAUAUAAAAGUUUUAAUUUAUAUAAAUAAAAGUUAGAAAUUAUAUCUAGAAGAAGACUAAGAUCUUGUUUAAUAAUUGUUUUUGAAAAUGUUCUGAAAAAUAUAUUUUAAAAACUGUUUUAUAAUAUUUUAUAGAAUCUCUUAAUCAUAUAUCUUCAUUAUUAUUUAUUAAAUAUUAUUGUAUACCAUGUUUUAGGAGAAAGAGUAGGAUUAAUAUUUUUAAUGAUCUCUUCAAACAAGUGUUGGGGUCGGUCAUAGACUCAUAAUUGAAUCUCUCAUUUCAAACAUGUGCAUGGAUGAGAGAACCUUUCCAGUGUAGUCGGUUGUAUAAUUUUAACUUGGGUUCACAUGAGGGAAAUCAUAGCAAAGAGAAGAAAAAAAUAUUAAAAUUGCUGAAAUCAUAUGAGACUCGUUUGUCAAAAAAGGCAUUUUCCAAUCCCUCUUCAUCUUGCCUUUUUUCUCUUCUAAUCAUAAAAAGCCAAGCUAGAACCAUCAAAACCUUGAACACUAGCAGCAGCCUCCUUGAUUAACACUCAAGCCUCAAAACCUCAUCCAACCACCUCACCUCUCCCACCUCCCCUGUCUGCCACGUGGCUAAAAAGUGCUGGCCCCUCAGAGUAGAAAAGUCCAAGCCCAUUGGGCCUGCCCUACCCAAACCGCCCCACGUGUCCCAACCACAAAUUCAUAAGAAGAGGGUAGCCACAGGCAGGAGGAGGAGAGAACUGAGGGAGGAAGUCUCUGAUUCGGUAGCUUUAAAGGUGGUGCAGUUCACGAGAGUGCUGAGAAAGUUGAAGGGUAAUUAAUAUUUUCUCGGGAAAAUGGCAAGUGGCAGUGCAAAGAACAAGGCUGUAGGGGGAGGAGGAGGUGCUGGUCAGGUGCUGGACGGUUCAGAUAUAAUGGAGUUGGUUGAGAAUGAAGAAGUGUUUAGCAGUUUUGUGGAUCAUAAGUUUCAGGAACUGGAUAGGGAUUGUGAUGGUAAGUUGUCCGUGAAAGAGCUGGAACCUGCUGUGGCUGAUAUAGGCGCUGCUCUUGGCCUGCCUGCUCAGGGUACUUCUGCUGAUUCUGACCAUAUCUAUUCUGAGGUUUUGAAUGAAUUCACCCAUGGCAAACAAGAACAAGUAAGCAAGACUGAGUUUAAAGAGGUUCUCUCAGAUAUUCUAUUAGGCAUGGCUGCUGGUUUGAAGCGAGACCCUAUUGUGAUCCUCCGUAUUGAUGGGGAAGACCUGGGGGAGUUCAUCAACAGCCCAAGUUUUGAACCAGAGAUGAUUUCCAUCUUCUCAGAGUUUGAUUUGCCUGAAGGAUCACUUCGCGAUUACAUUACCAAGGCUUUGCAACAACUUACUGUUGAACAAGGAAUGCCACCUUCAACAGAUUCUUGGGUCAUGAGUAACAUUGUGGAGCCUGCUCUGCAAACUGUUGCUGGCUGUGCUCAUGAGCAACCCAUCUCUCAAGAUACUUUCCUAGCGGAAUUCAAAAAGGUUGCAGAAAGUGUGGCUCAACAUCUGGCAGAGCAGCCAGUGAUUGUUGCCCACAGUGAAAACACGUUUGAUGGAAGUGGUAUUAAGAGACUAUUGGCCAACAAAUUUGAAUUAGAUAAGUCAUUGGAAGCAGCAUUAAAGACAGUGCCAAAAGAUCGCAAUGGGAAAAUGUCUAAGGAGUAUCUCCGUGUGGCAUUGGAUGUUGUGGGCCCAUCAGCAGGUUUACCCCCAUAUGGUGGGCUUGAAGAGAUGGACAAGGUAGUGACUGAUGUGUUCAAUAUGGUGAAUGCUGAUGAUGGGAAGGUUGUUAAAGAAGAUGAGUUCAAGAAGUUGCUGACUGAAAUCCUGGGAAGUAUCAUGUUGCAAUUAGAGGGCAGUCCUAUCUCAGUUUCUUCAAACUCGGUCGUGCAUGAGCCCCUUACUUCUUCAACACUUUUGUCACCAUCUUCAUAAUUUCAUGUAUGUAACUUUGGUACUGCAAAUGAAGGGAAUGAAAAAUAAAAGAGCCAUAUAAAAUCUCAUGAUCAGAAGUGAUCACUAGUUUGAGUGAUGUACUGUGCAGUCCACUCGAUUGUGUCCAUGGAGUGAUUUACAAAUGCGAUAGAAGAUGAACUCACUCUUGUACUGGUCAGUGGACUGCAACUUUUGUAUGAUUGAACCCAAGAGAUGAAAGGAUUGUCAUGAUCUUCCAAGAGUUCAAGCUAAAACUAAAAAUCUUAUUAGUAUAUGAAUAAAAGAUGGAUUGUUGGAUA